UUUCUCUCCCCCGCCUACUCUCUGUAGUAAGCACUUUUAUCGGUAGCCUUCCCUCCAACCGGCGGUGUGGGCAGCGUCGUUGUUGCCAUAGAGCGAACUGACUCAGUGUGGUGAAAUAAAAAGCGCAAAUCCACACGCUCGGAUCCAGAUGAAACGUAUCGGCAAUUUGCCCAGGCUGCCCGCAGACAUAAAAAGGUAACUUCAAGCGCUGCAAAUGACUUGCAUUACCGUAACAGAGCGGCCGUCCUUUGAGCAAAAGUGAAAGCCGUGGGAGACUCGCAGUGACGGACAACACCUGCGAGCUCGUUUAAAUGGAGAGAGACGGACCGAUCAUUCUGUGCUGUGCGCUCCCCUGAAAGGGGGCUCCUGUUCGAACAAGCGAGCCUUGUUGAUUGCCGUGAUAAUCUGAUUUUCGGAGAUGUGAACGCCACAAGGAUUAUAGGGUUACUGGGUAAAUACAGAAACGUGUCACAAUGCGGUCCGUGCACUCCCGUCUGCGCCUUUUGUUCGAGAGGGACCAGGUUGGCCGCGUUCUCGGAGGCAGAUCUCAGUAGCGAUUCUAACCACCUGGCAGUGCUGUCUCCGGGGGCCGGACCGCUUCCUCCUUCCAUGCUGCUAUGACUUCCUGGCUGCGUAAAUACACUAACUUCAUUCUGCAUCGCAAGCUGCUCAUCGCACUGCUUAUUGUUUCUAUCAGCAUCUCUCGAACGGUGGCGGACAACACUUGUGCAUCGCCCCUCAUCUCAACAUGUGAAGAGUGCCUACGUCGAGGUCCAGACUGCGGCUGGUGUAUUCAAGAGGACUUCCUGGAUGGAGCGCACGUGAGCCAGCGGUGCGACUCGGCCUCCAGCUUGGUACGGAAGGGCUGUCGAGAAGAGUUCAUCGAGAGCCAUCGGGUCAAGGUGGAGGUGGACGCUACAAUCAGCAGCACCCAGGUGGCUCCCAGACGCAUCAGCGCUCAGCUAGGGCCAGGCAGCGCGGCCAGUUUUGUGGUGGAGGUGCAGCAACUGGACAGGUACCCGGUAGACCUGUACUACCUGGUGGACGUCUCGGCCUCCAUGAAGGACAACCUGGAGCGGCUCGACAACGUGGGCCUGGCACUGUCGCACCAGAUGCGCGAACACUCCAGCGACUUCCGCGUGGGCUUCGGGUCAUUUGUGGACAAGCCGGUGACGCCGUAUAUCAGUGUCCACCCGACGAAGAUCAUCAACCCCUGCAGUGAGUUUGACCAACAGUGUCGUCCGGCGCACGGCUUCAUCCACGUCCUACCCAUCACUAAGAACAUGACGGAGUUCACACGCGUCGUCCAGCAGCAGACGAUCUCUGGGAACAUGGACACCCCCGAGGCCGGCUUUGAUGCCAUGCUGCAGGCCAUUGUCUGCCAGAAGGACAUCGGAUGGCGCGCUGAGGCGAAGCAUCUGCUCCUGGUGAUGACCGACCAGCCGUCCCACCUGGCGUUGGACAGCAAGCUGGCGGGCAUCGUGGUGCCACACGAUGGCCGCUGCCACCUGGAGGACAACACCUACACACAGACCACCAACAUGGAGCACCCGACCAUGGGUCAGCUGGCAGACGCUCUGCUGCGAAACAGCAUCUACUCCAUAUUAGCUGUGGACAUUGCACAAUAUAAGUGGUAUGAGGAUCUGCUUGACUUACUGCCAGGGGCCUUCCUUGGCAGAUUACUCCCAAAAGCAACAAACCUCAAGGAUCUGGUCGUCGACGCUUACAAGAAGCUGCUGUCUGAGGUGGAGCUGGAGGUGACGGUGGACCACAGGCACGCCCAUCGGUUCUGGGUAAACGUGACCACUAUUUGCCCCCCCGGUUCCAGACCCACGGGCAGCAACAAGUGCUCCAACGUCAAGUCAAUGCAGAAGGUCUUCUUUAACAUUACGGUGGGGAUGACUAGCUGCCCGAGCGAGGGUCUCGAGGAUGAUGACGUUGCGAUAUCAGUGCAGCCCGUAGGCUUCAACGAGUCCGUCGCCGUGACGAUCAAACAAGCCUGCAGCUGUCAGUGUAGCCAGAAGGGCGGUUGCCUCGACGACGCUGAUGACACAAUCGCCGGCACCGCUUGCAAUGACAUCAGCGAGAACUCGGGGCAGGUGUCGACAGAUGUGUGCCGGCCGUCGGAAGGCUCCGGAAAGAUCUGCAACGGAAGAGGCACCUGUGUGUGCGGGGAGUGUGUGUGCGACCGCAGCAACCUGGGCACAAUCUACGGGAAAUUCUGUGAAAUGGAUGACUUCUCCUGCCCUUACGAGGAAGGCCUGCUGUGUGGAGGCCAUGGACAGUGCACGCUGGGGGAGUGUGUUUGUCAAAUAGGGUGGACAGGUGAGAGCUGUGGGUGCCUGGUUUCCACGGAGACGUGUCAGCUCAGCGACGGCCAGCUCUGCAGCGGGCGGGGCCGCUGUGUUUGCGGACGCUGCGUGUGUGACGACCCCCAGUACUCCGGAGAGUUCUGUGAGAAGUGCCCCACCUGUUACACCGCGUGUCAAGCCCACUGGAUGUGUGUAGAUUGCCAUCUGACCAAUGGCCUGGGCCGGGGUACUGCAGAGCAGUGCAACAGGACCUGUGCACCCGUGGUGGGCUACGUCGAUGACAUCACAGAGCUGACCAACGCGCUUGGGAAGCAAUGCCUGUACCCCAGUGCUGACCGCUGCCACUACCGGUUCCACAUCGGCGUUGAGCCUGGCAGCCCCCAGCUGCAGAUCAGCAGACAGCCAGAGUGCUUAUCAAGCCAGCGGUACUUCGUCACCUUCCUGAGUGUGUUCCUCCUGACGGUGGUCCUGGGCCUGGGCAUCCUGGCCGUGCUCCGGAUCUUGCUGCGCCGCCGAGAUAGACCCCAACCGGACAACCAGAACCAGCCGCUGGACACCGGCAAGAAGGACCUCUCCUACGCUCCAACAACAAACGAGAAGACCGUCACAUACCGGCGAGACCAUAACGUGGAGCGUUCCGUGGAGAUGCAUGUGCAGGUGCCCAAGAUGCCCCUGGACGACAUGUGGCAGUAGCACAGGCUGAGGUGCAGAUCCAAAGGGGGGCAGAAGGGCAGUUAGCACAGCCAUUAGCGGAAGGACUUGGCGCCUCUCACGCGGCACAUGACUCUACUGUCUGUGGAGGGACACUGUCUGGGACCUCACCUUUUGUCUAGUUUGAGUAGUUUAGUUUGUCUCAGCACUAAACUCGUUGCGGUACUUAGUCUGUUCUUGAGUUCCAGUCUGUUCUUGAUUUCAAAAGGGUAGAGUAUACUUUUUCUUCAAGGUUCGAUUUUUUUAUUUUUUUAUUUCAGUGUUGUUUUUUUGUUGUUUGUUUCUUUCCCUUUGUUUGGUAGCUUCUUGUAAAUGUUUUCUCUGUGGUAGAGUUUGUGACCUAUUUAAGCUUUUGAAAGAUGUUGUUUUAUUUAUAGUUUUUAUACACUACACUUUUCAGCUGAGCAUUAUUAUUGAGAUGGUAAAGCACAGUGACCGAGGAGGACCCAGACGUAGACUUACCAUGUGUUAACUCGCCACCUAGUGGUAGUUGAUAGCACCACCUCAUCCAUCAUACACCGGGAACUCAAUCCAGCAAUCUGCCUCACACAACUUUUCAAUGGCUUACCCAUGAUUACUAGGUUCCAUUUAGGUGAAAAAAUCAUUUAAAAAUUGUUUAGGAAAGUUGCCCUGCCCUUUAUAAUUGGAUAUACAUUUGUUAGCAGUGGAUACGUAAGUGAGGGCCUAUGCUUGCGUUGCUGAAAAUGUUUUUACAUUUUAAUUAUUGACCUGAACAACCGCAGACAGAAGGUUUAGUGACAUUAACUAGGAUUUUGCCUUGUUGUUCCGUUGUCACAUACAGCUGUAGGCAAUAAAACGCAGCCUCUAUAGUGCCACAGAAUUGGCGUUAUUGACAUGCAAUGCAUGUCCACACGGACAAGAUUGUUGGACUCUAGCAGUAGGCUAUGUGAAAACGGUGAAAUGUCACAUGUCAUGUCAGUAGGCUUAAAUGUAGCUGUUCCUUGUCCAGGUACUUGCAGCCACUGUUGGAUUCCCUAUGGUGUCUCCCGAUGGCCAAGGCUAUGAGAUAACUGGAUUUGUUUUUCAUUUUUUCCUUUUUGUUCUGCUCAUAGUUGGAGGUCGUGUAGUUUACAUAAUCACCUCAUAUCCGACUAGAGCAAGGACCUGGUACGUGUUUGCAUUGAUCUCUCGUUUAUCGAAUGUUCUUUAUCAUCAGCCUACGACUUGAUUUAGGUACGUAGAGUAGGGUACUUGCUCUUAUCACACGUGUUACUGAGUAGCCUACAUUGGUUUCUGUCGAAGCCAGACUCGUCGAUAUUUGUUGUGUGAUAGUCAAAUAUUUAGUUUAACUGGAAUACGUGAAAAUGGCCCAGGGCUUUGUAGAAUCAAGCGCCUACACUGGAAUUUGUAUUCUAGGCGUAAGCGUGACAACGCACUUGAGUCGUGUGGGUGUGUGAAGGCCUACAUAUGAUGUCUUGUACUACUGAAGAAGAUCGGUGAAAUCACCUCAGGUGUGGCGAGGUGUGAGUAGGCGGUAACAGAGACCUCGUGGGGGAAAACUUCCUCUUCGUUUUUAGUAACGAAAACCUAGUAGCUCGACCAAUUCCGAACUAGACUGGUGGGAGUCCGCUUCCUUUUAGUCGCAAAACCGUAGCUUGAAGCGGAGAUGUUCAUUAGACUACCACUUCCGACCUCUCUCACCACUUCUCCAUCCUGUGUGAGCUUUCUGCGGCCUCUUGUUUGAUGACCAAUAGUUUACCUUUUUUUCUUGUUCAUCUCUAGUUCAGGACACUAAUGAUUUUAUGAGUUUUGAUUAUUUAUUUUGUUGUCUAUUUUUCUUUGUUUUGUGUUUUUGAAGUAUUUUGUAUGUUGUGGAUUAUACAUUUGGUACGAAGCGAAAGCCAUCUGGUACGAGACAGCAAUGUUUGUCUAUUCUGUUCAUUGCAAUAACUCGUUUGCAAUAACCCCCCCAAAAUGAAUGCCCUGCAAGACACGUUGACGAGAAACAGUUAAAUAUUGAUGUUAUUAGUACGCCAAAUCAACCACCUGUAGGUUUUGUUACAUUGUCGGAUUUAUUGUUAACUGACACCUGACCAAAAUGGGAAGAAGGCAAUCAGUCUUAGGCGACGUCGGCCCAUCCCAUAGCCACCAUUUAAUGUAGAUCUGGGGUUAACAUCUCCUUUUCAUUUAAUGCGCAUUCAUUUUGUAACAUUUCCAAUAUCGUUUUGAUAAAACGCUACUUCCUUGCAGGUGUCUCUGGAACAACAACCCAGCGACGCUAAAUGCAUGCGGCCUCAUGCAUAGACGCAUUUACGCAUGACUUAUUUGAUCUAAUUCUGAAUAGUACAAUACAUUUUUCAUCGUUUUCGGAUUUAAUUUGUAACUAUAGGUGCUUGCGUCUACAACUGUAGCCUGUCUGACACCGCUUACUUUAAAGUCCAGUAGUGUGAGAUUACGCAUGGCAUUGCACAAAGAACAUCAUUUGACAUUACAUUUUUUGUUCAAGUUUUUGUUUUUUGCAUUCACAAUCUGUAGUAGGCUACGUCGUUAACUCCGCUCAGCAUGAUUAAUAUUUCGUUUGCCAGUGAGACACUUAAAGCACAAUUAGACCACAAACCAGGGCAUUGAUAAUAUUUGUUUAACUUUAGGGCAUUCACAUGGCACUUUCCAUCUCCUUCAAAUAAUAUGAUUUCAAAUAAUAUGUCUUGAUGUUGCUAUGAAAAAGGUGAAAUAAAAUUAUUGUUGAAAUUAA